CUUCUUGUUUUCCCAGACUUAAUGCCGUUUGUGUGUAACACACAUAUUUUCCAACACAACCUUGGACGAAUUCACCCAAACCUAAUAAAAUGAAAAGUAGACAGUUAAGCGAUAUUAAACUGCGCUGCAAUGGCUCCGCCUACAGCCUAUAGUGAAAACUGCCGCAACAAAAGAAAAUUGCCAGACUGUAAGCUCAAUGUAUUUAAAAAUGUCUCUAUAAACAGCAGUGAAAAGACUAAUUCACGUCCAUUUAUUUAUUCCAGCAUUUAUCUGAUUAUUCUGUGCAAUGGUUACUCAGGUUACUGAAAUGAUAUAUAAUAAACACAAUGGUUUAUCGAAACAAUUUAAUUACUUGUUAAUCAGUGCGGAAUAAUUUUGUGAAAAUCCUGGCUAAAAAGCGUUCCUUAUUUAAGCAUUCCCUAUUCCUGCUCACGUGUAUAUUUCAGAAACAAACAUGUUAUCGUGCGUAAUAAACAAAACCACUUUUUGUGCAUCGUAAAUGAAAAGCAAGUCCCCACUAUAUUUCUUUGUUGUUGUUAUUAGUGGAGCAUUUAUCUGGAUUUCUGAUUCAUUGAUCUUGCAUAAGUGUCCAUGCAUCCAGCGUACCCUAAACGCACUCCUGACACCCCGAUGACAUUCCCAGCUCCACGAGCGCAUCAUUCAUGCGUCGCUAACAGUUUGCCGUAAAGCACCCGGCAGCUGUCGUAAAAAUGGACGUACGGCAGCAGGGACCUAGAUGCCGCUUUAGGAAGAUAGAUUACUAAUAGCUAGUUAGCUAGCUUGUUACUUAGAAAUAAACUCGGCCAAAUUAGUAAUGUGUUAAAGCAACCCUAACUGUAAGCCGCACAACGUACUCAUUCUAAAUGUCCCGUAAAUAACACGACAUUCAGGAGCGUUUAUUUUAGCUUCUUCAGGCUACGCGAUUAGUGUCGUUAGUUGAUUAAGUGGCUAGCUUAAGUACUGAUAUUUUGGCUAGUUACAUGGCAUCGUUCAACGGAGACGAAUAAAGCGGUGUGAUUUCGUGCUGCACAUUUGAGCCCAAGGUACGCUAUUGUUAAAGUUGCAUUCAGAAAGCAUUUCAGGUGCAUUGCAACAGUAUUGCAGUCGGGCUGCAUCUAUUUGGUUAUUGGUAAGCAUCAAACGAUAGCUGUCUGUCAGUCAUUAUAGUUCCCUCUUGUAGGUAGGUAUAGUUUAUUAUUUUGCAUCCCUCAAAAUGUGGAGCCAGCACAAAUAGUAGCCUUUCGACUAGUUAACUGUUUAAUCAUGUCUUUAUUUACUUGGAGCUAGACAUUAAACUCAGUGCUGGGAAGCUAUGAAUUACUUUAAAUUUUACAGGGGAGAAAAAGUUUUUGCUAUGUAAACAUUAAGUAUUAAGUAGAGCUCUUUACGUUUUUUUACCCAAUUUUAUGCUCCCUCUUUACGGCAGUAGUUUCUGGGGGGAGCCAGGUACUGGUGGAGGUCAGUCCCGAUAUUCACAUCUGUGGCGUUUGCAAGCAGCAGUACAACAAUUUUGAGGUGUUUUUCGCCCACAAACAAAAUGGCUGCCACAUUCCCUCAUCUGACACAUCUGCCACAUCAGCUGUUCCUACCGUCACAGAUUCUGCCGCGGAGUUUGUUUUUGAGGAGACCUACCAGGCCUGCGUCGCGAGGAGUGUCAAAAAGAUGCAAACCAAAGCACCGAAGAUGCCGGUGAAAAAGUUAAAACCUGCACUGACUGCAAAGAGACGUAGCUGCUGCUUCACAGGCUGUUCCUUCAAAACCCAGUAUGGUCAGAAGGACAUGGAGCGACAUCUCAAAACUCACACGGGCGAGAAGCCGUUCGAGUGUGAGGUGUGUCACAAGCGCUUCAGCCGGCGGGACAAGCUCAACAUGCACAGCCGCUCGCAUACGGGCGAGAAGCCGCACAAGUGCAAGUACUGCGCAUACGCUGCCGCCGACAGCAGCAGCCUGAAGAAGCACCUGCGCAUCCACUAUGACGAGCGGCCUUUCAAGUGCCAGAUCUGUCCAUACGCCAGCCGCAACUCCAGUCAGCUCACCGUGCACCUACGCUCACACACCGGCGACGCACCCUUCCAGUGCCACCAGUGCGAGGCCAAGUUCAAGAUCAACUCAGACCUGAAGAGGCAUAUCCGCAUCCACUCGGGCGAGAAGCCGUACCAGUGCGAGUUCUGCGAUUACCGCUGCGCCAUGAAGGGCAACCUCAAGUCGCACGUGCAGAUCCGGCACAGCACGGCUGACUCCUUCCGCUGCAGCCAGUGUGACUUCCACUGCGGCAGCAAGAUGGCGCUGCGGCAACACUCGCGCGAGCAUCAGCCCGCGCAGCCCAUCAAGUGCGGCAAGUGCAGCUACUCCUGCUCCAGCAAGGGGGCGCUCAAGAUUCACGAGCGCAUCCACUCGGAGGAGCGGCCCUUCAAAUGCGACGCGUGUGGCUUUGCUACCAAGCAGCGCAGCAACCUUGUCAUCCACCGCAAGAAGUUCCACUCCGAGGGGGCCGAGAAGGGCGGCGGAGGGGCGGGCAAGGCGACCCGCGGCGAGGAGGCUCCCAAGCCCGUCAGCUCACGCUACCGUGCCCGCCUGGACGCUGCCCGGGCGUUCUGCUGUGAUGUCUGCGGCGCCUCCUUUGUGCGGGAGGAUUCGCUGCGCAGCCACCGCAAGCAGCACCGCGACUCGCAGCUCUCCCUACUGCAGGCCGCCGAUCCUGGCCGCCCCACGGACCCCAGGGCCCUGCAGCCCCCCCAGCUGUCCGCCUACAUCGUGGGCCACCCGCUGACCCAGGAAGGCACCUUCGUCCCGGCCGCUGUGGAUGUGCCGCGGGCCAAAGGCGACCCCGUGGUGCUGAGCCCCACUGGGCCGGACAUGGUGGUGCAGGCACCCAUGAUACAGCAGGUGAGCUUGCUGACGCCCGUCCAGCACGUCCUGCCGCACGCUGAGGUCGGCGAGGCCCUGGAAUCCCAGGCGGUGCUGCUCACCCACCUAGGCCCCGGGCCGGGGGACCCGCUCCACCAGGCCCUCCUGCAGAGCGCCGCCGUCAGCGGGCACGACUCGGCCAGCACCCAAGCCUUCAUCACAGCCUGCUCCGACCUGGAUGGCCUCAAUGCGCUCAUCCAGGAGGGAGGCACUGAGGUGACAGUGGUGACUGAGGGCAACGCCGCCGUAGGCGUGGCUUCCUCUGUCGCCCCCUCGACUGCCUCCCGGGAUCUGACCAAGCAGGUCCCCGGUGACUCUGUCCCUGGUGCGGACGCCGGCCUUGUGGUCCCCAACCUGAGCAUCAGUUCGCAGGGCGUCAUCAUCCACAGCCUACCUCUGGUGGUCUCCGCUCCCUCGCAGGUGUCACCGCAGGGCAUGUACCCAGAUGCACACGCGCUGGACAUCACCAUCGAGAAGUGAUUCGCCGGCCCGAGCACAGCAGACUGGUCUGUACGUGCUGCCAACUGAGAGAUAUUUAUUUUCAGAAGCUGCUCGCUGGAGACGUGGGAUCCCAGCAUCACAGACACUCACAGGCUGGAGGUCCUGCGUUCGAAGGACUGAAACACAAAUAGGAUAGUUAUUUUUUCAGAAUUAGUAGACUUUGGAAUUUUGCCCCACUGCCUUUGGGAUCGCAGAAUCGAAAAGCUUUGUGUCAGAAAUGCAGACUCUGUGGUUCAGCGCUGGCAGUUUCCCCGUCUGUCCAUAUUUCUGUCUAACAACACGGCCCACACUGAACACACUGAAACCUAGUAACUGCUGCAUUUGAUCAUUCCUCAUGGCUUCCAGUGACACAAAACCAGACACGUUAAAUGUGGACUGUUUUCAGGUUGAUCAGAAAAGGCAAAUAAAGCUUAAAUCCUUUGGUUAA